GCAGAGUGAAGCUCUUGUCGCUGAACAAUAAAGCAUAUGGUACCAGCAAUAAAACACAGUGCUGGGAAAUUUAAGAAGAUUCCGUUGGAACUAGGAAGACAGGGAAUAUGGCACACGUUAUAAAAUGAUGAUCAAUCUGUUUCGGUUCCUAAUUAAUAAAAAGGGUGCAUGGAUUGGAAAAACAACAAUUUGAACAGUUCAGAAUUGCUUAUCAAAGACAGGAGCAAAAUUACAACUUCCUAGGAGCUGCCUGACCCUGGAUCUCCUUCUACUCUUAAUCACAGCUGUUCAAUCUCUUCUGCUUGAGGGGAGAAAAUAGAAAAAAGGUACAUGUGACAGCGUUGCAGCUAUGAGUGGAAUUUUAAAGAGGAAGUUUGAAGAAGUUGAUGGCUCCUCACCCUGCUCCUCUGUGCGGGAAUCAGAUGAUGAAGUUUCUAGCAGUGAAAGUGCUGACAGCAGUGAUAGUGUCAAUCCAUCUACUUCUAAUCAUUUUACCCCUUCAUCCAUCCUGAAAAGGGAAAAACGGAAGAGGACGAAGAAUGUUCAUUUUAACUGUGUUACCGUGUACUAUUUUACAAGACGGCAAGGUUUCACCAGUGUUCCCAGUCAAGGAGGAAGCACAUUGGGCAUGUCUACUCGCCACAACAGUGUGCGUCAGUACACGCUUGGAGAGUUUGCCAUGGAACAAGAAAGGCUCCAUCGAGAGAUGUUAAGAGAACAUCUAAGGGAGGAAAAACUUAACUCAUUAAAAUUGAAGAUGACAAAGAAUGGCACAGUGGAAUCUGAAGAAGCUAAUACCCUAACGCUGGAGGACAUUUCUGAUGAUGAUAUUGAUUUAGACAACACUGAGGUAGAUGAGUACUUCUUCCUACAGCCUUUACCAACAAAGAAGCGAAGGGCCCUGCUGCGAGCCUCUGGAGUGAAAAAGAUUGAUGUGGAGGAAAAACAUGAGCUGCGGGCCAUCCGCCUAUCCAGAGAGGAUUGUGGCUGUGACUGCCGAGUAUUCUGUGAUCCAGAAACUUGUACUUGCAGCCUCGCAGGCAUCAAAUGCCAGGUGGAUCGUAUGUCUUUUCCAUGUGGUUGCACUAAAGAAGGGUGUAGCAAUACAGCAGGUAGAAUUGAAUUUAACCCCAUCCGUGUACGGACUCAUUUUCUGCACACAAUAAUGAAACUUGAAUUGGAGAAAAAUAGAGAGCAGCAAGUUCCUGCACUAAAUGGUUGCCACAGUGAGAUAAGUGCUCACACUAGUUCUAUGAGCCAAGCACCCCAUCCAGUAGAGUAUUCAAUUGCAGAGAAUUUUGAGAUUGAAACUGAACCUCAGGCUGCAGUGAUGCACCUGCAGUCAGCUGAGGCCUUGGAUUGUCCAGGGGAAGAGGAGGAGGAAGAGGAUGGAAGCAGCUUUUGUAGCGGAGUUACAGAUUCUAGCACACAAAGUUUAGCACCCAGUGAAUCAGAUGACGAUGACGACGAAGAGGAGGAGGAAGAUGAAGAUGAUGAUGAUGAAGAAGAAGAAAAAGUGGAUGAUUUUGUAGAAGGCAUGGGCUCCCAUGCUGGCGUGGUACCACUUCCUUCUGUCCUUUGCUAUUCUGAUAGCACUGGAGUGCACGAAAACCACUCUAAAAAUGCCUCAUAUUAUACUAACUCUUCAACUCUGUAUUACCAAAUAGAGAACCAUGCCCCUGGCACUGCUAACCAGAUCAGUGAGACCUACUCAGAAAGGGACACUGUUAAAAAUGGUAGUCUUUCUCUGGUGCCUUACAAUAUGACUUCAGAGCAGUUUGUUGACUAUACACGGCAAUCAGAGGAAAGUUACAGCAGCCCUCAUUACCCUUCUGCAAACCCCUCUGUGAUAGUUUGCUGCUCUUCUUCGGAAGCUGAUAACAGUAUUCCAUGUAAUAGUUUGUACGCUGAACACAGGCCAAACCACCCUCAAGUGGAAUUUCACUCAUACUUGAAAAGUCCCUCUCAAGAUGGAUUUGUUUCAGCCCUGAAUGGCGACAGUCAUGUACCAGAGCAUCCUGCUGAGAAUUCUAUAAACCUUUCAGAAAAGAACAGAUUGCAUGAAGAGUGCAUCAAAUCACCUGUUGUGGAAACAGUACCUGUUUAACAUGAAGUUAUUCUAGGACUGCAUUCCUUUAUUUAAAUGCACUCUGAUUACAUUGGAUUUCCUAGCACCGUAAGUUUUUUAAGCUGUGGACAAUGAAAACUUGGACUAUGGGUAAUAUUCCAGACACCUUUUGUUUUUUUUCUUUCAGGCUACAUGGCUGCGGCAUUGCACAACAGCAGUUCAUGUAAAGUUUCAAAAAGAUGGGGGGAAAAACUGUCUUUUGAUAGAAAAUGCAUAAAUUAAAAAUAUAUACAUAUUUCAAAGUAGCCUACCUGUCAAACUGUGUGAAACCUGCCAAGCUAUCUGAAUCAAAGCUUCAUGUUUUUGAUUGUCGGGCCUGUGCAAGAUUGUUAAAAAUGAUACUUUGAAAUAAUCAUAUUUAGAGUCCUAAAUUUUCAACAUAUCUGACAAAGAUGGUGACUUUUUAAUGUAGAAGUAAUUACUGUAUGGAAAAGUUUUAAUUGUUCUGUACUGUAUGUAUUUUAUUUAUGAUAGUUUAGUAUUCAUGUUUUUGAUAAAAAUGAACAGCAUGUUCAUUUGACCUGGAGAUCCAUAGCUAGUAAUACAGAGCAUGCCCACUUAAAUUUCAUCUGGAGUACCAUAUACAUUUUUUAUGACCACUCCAUGCAACUACUUUUAAAAUUUAAUCUUGAAGGUACAUGGGGUCUCUUUUUACUAUUUUUGACAAACAGAAGUGUCAGUAAGGUGGCAUUUACAUUUUCUAUAAAGGUGAAAGGUAGGACAAUCCUCUGUUAAAGCUGAAAUCAAUGGCAUCCCACAGCUAACUCCCCAUAGAGAAAAUUGAUGUUGUGUAUAAGGACAAAGCAGCAGUUUAAAGUCACCCAGCACCUUUUAUCCCUACAAAUAUUCAGCUUGCUAAUGCACUUUAGUGCCAUUUUGCAGUACCUUAUUAAUUGUGGAAACUGGGAACCAUUUUGGAGAAAUACCAUGGCUGCAGAUUUUAAGAUCUCUGUAAUAUACAGGCGUCUUAAAACUCAUUGUAAUGAAUAUGAUACAAGUUUUCCCAAGCCAGUUUAUGAAUGCCUCAAUAAGUAAUUAGUAAAGGCAAAGAGCCUAGCUGCUUAGAGAGUAAACAAAGCAUGGAAAAGUGUGUGUGCGUGUGUGUGUGUGUGUGUGGAGUGGAAGAGCCCUAGAUUUUCCUACCUUUUUAGCUAUUGUUAUAAAAGAAGAGCCUUAUCAGAAGUCCUUCUAUGGACUUUUGAUCAGAUCCUACAUGUAUAGAAUCACUCAUGACUAUUAAUAGACUAAAUUUGGUACUAGAAGCUGCAUAUUCAGUUAAGACCCUGGGUUCAGAAGUUUUAUACGUGUGAAAACUGAGGCAAAUGCUCAUGCAUAUCCAUUAUCAUGUUUUCAUUUCUUUUUCAAAGGGGAAUGAGAAUUAUGCUGUAUGCUUUAUACCAUCCAUUAAAUUAUCAUCAAAAGUUGUUUUUUUCUAAAGAACUACUAGAAGCCCAUUUUUGGUACAUUCAUGUAGCUAUAGCUAACUGCAUUGCCUUAUAUAAAAUGCAGCACAACACUUCAACAUCUUGUUUUGAUAUUGAAGUAUCUUUUGUUAUAUGUCCAUUAGUCUAACAUGUAGACAUACAUGGCUGGCUAGUCAAAUUACAACACCUGCUUAAUUUUUACCAAUGUUAAAAUGAAUUGUUGAGAGAGAUACAUAUAAGCAUAGUAUACAUUUCAACUCUGUUUCACUGACUGUUCAGGUGAGUAGCUCUUUAUAAAAGCAUGUAGAGUACUCCAGUAGAAAGAUUACCAUGUUUAAAAGAGGCUCUUUGAAAAAAGAAGUCAUGAUUUACUGUUGCCUUUAUGCUGCUUGUAUACAACCAUUGUCAAUUAAUUUUUUACACUAAAUUGGCAAAAGCUGUUGAUGUAUUCCCUAUGAGAGAGCAUUUUUGUUGUUGUUGAUUUGUUCCCAUGUUAAAUCAUGAAUGCUUUUAUUGGGAUUUCUUUGAGAUAAAUCCUGUUUCUCUAAGAAAUACAUACAUUAUAUUUAUGGCAUUCCUAUAUCCUGGGAAAGGACAGCCCACUUUAACUUAUCAUCUAAAGCAGCCAUUCUGCCAUUUUAGAGUUCUGUUCUCUAAUUUUUAGUAGCAACCAAUUUCCUUUCUCCAAAGGAUGUGCAGUCAGGUGUUCUCAGCAUUUAUGCAGCAAAUGGUCAUCUUUAUUUUUAAAGAGAAACCAAUUAAAUAUGUUUGCUAAAACAAAAUACGCAGGCAUACAGAAAAUAUACCUCUGUCCAGAGCUCUCAUGAUUUUAUGGGGCACACAUAACUCACUGAGUAUGUGUACAGACAUCAUGAGUUAACAGCAGACAGAAAUCCUGGCUCUCCCAACACCAGCACCAAAAGCACAAGCCUCUACUGCUUGAGCUCAAGGAGUAGCUGUAAGGCAGUAGCAGGUUUUUAACCUCAAUGUAGGGUGGCCACUAGAGGGGGGUAGACUCAUGCACACUUAGCCAGUGGAUUGCACUCAGGUGAAAAUUAGAUGAGAAUUUUGCUGUGUUAGUUGUUCUGUUACUGAGCAAUAAAAACCUCUUGUCAUGACCUCUACAUUUCCAGAUGAAAAAUACCGUCAGUAGUGUUAGCAAGUAAAGCACUAAGAUCAAUAGUUAAAAUAUAGCUCAGCUCUAAAAUACUGAAAUAAGGGUUAUUAUUUAGUAGUUAUACUUCAGUAAGUUUCCAAGACCUUUGUGCUAGAUGCUGUAUAAACGUAGCUGCUUAUUUGCUUAUCUGGGAGUGCUCAACUUUUGGCCUGUGGUCCAGAUCCAACCCCUGGCACCAUGUCACCCAUCCUGUGGGGCUCCCCAUGGAUCUGUGGGGACCCCCACAGGGCUGCAGCCCUGCUUGCUAGAUCAGGCAAAGAGGGCAGCACUGGGCCUGAUCACAGUGAAUGGGGGCCGAGUGAAGGCAGUGCAGGGUCCCCAGAGCUGGAUCCCAGCUGGAUGGAAGUGAUAUGGGAUCCUCAGAGAUGUGUCCCAGGUGGGAGGAGGUAGCACAGGGUCCCAAAGCCUGAACCCAGCACACAGGGGCAGUGCGGGGAUAAUCUCAGUAUGUAUGGGAGGCACAGGUCCCAAUCUGGCCCAUCCCUGUGUUGUUCAUCUGGCCUGCAAAGCCAAAACCACAAGCAUCACUGUUCUUAUGUUUCCUCCUGCUGCUAUACUAGAAGUAAACACAUUUCCUUCCCUCAGAAGCAUACUGCCUAAGAUGAUAAGCAACCUAAAAAGAAGAGGGAAAGAAGAAAGCACUUCUGUACAAUGUUUGCUACAGUAUUUUCUCCAGUUGAAGGUAGAGCCAGUUACUAGGAGUCAGUGUCUGGUAUAAAGAUAGUGAGGGUGUUUUAAUUUCCUCUGAAUAUAGCUGACCAGGCUGUAUAGCAACACAGUCCUAUUUUUGGUCAUUCUUUCUCAAAUCUAUUGUUUCUUGGCCUAGAUGUGAUCUCAGGUUUCACUAUCAUGUUCAUUCCUCAGAUUUGCAUGUUUCUUGCUCAAAGCAUAGCAUAAGGUCAAAACCUUGCCUACACCUGGAAAGAUUCUAUGGUCUAACUUAUAGUACACAGGUAGGGAUUUUUGUGGGUGAUACAUCUUUUAGUGAACCAACUGCAUGGUUGAGAUAGAUGUAGACAGGUUUGGAUUACAAUCCAUGCUUCUUGGAAAGCUCAUCUAAAUCUAUCCCAACCAUGCAGUUGGUCCAAUAAAAGAUGUCACUGAUGAAAAUCCGUGCCUCUCACAUACUUCCUUAGGCAUCAUGGGCCCAACAUCACUUCAACACUAUAAUACAGGUAGAAAAAGACCAACAACCCCCAUAACGGAGUCAGAGUUGUUACUGGCAAAAGAACUACUUUCCCAAAAUAGCUUUAAUUGCUUCUCUAACAGAAAAAUUAUAACUGUCUACACUAGGGCUUUGGGGGCAUAGAUGUGUCAGUCAGGGAGGAAAAAAAGCACAGUCCAAUCCAACAUAAAUAUUUGCUCAUAUGCUUUGAAGUUUAGAUGAGGCUUUAAAAGUUGGAAGUGUGUAAUGCUAACUUCCAUUUUGUGAUCCUUUCAUGUUUCAUUUGGAAGCAAUGAUGCCACUGGUUUUAGAAAAACUGGCUACUAGUUUGGGAAUCUCUGAGAUUGAAUGCUUUUCCAUCUUCUUGUGGCCCACCUCUACUAAUGUGUAUGGGGAAAAACAGUAUCCUACUGCUUAAGUAACUAAGUGGGUUAUUUCCUGUGCAAAGCUAGCCAGUACUGUAACUUUUGUGAAACUUAUUUCUGUGUGCUAAAAAGGUUAUGUUGUUAAAUAACAAAUAGCAGUGUAUUUCUUCUGUACAGAUGUAGCAUGUCAUAUAUUGAAAAAAAAUCUUUUAAUGAUCACUAUCCAGACCUUGUAUGUGCUAAGAAAAACUAUACCAGCUUCACAUCUAGAAGAUACUUGUUGGUGCCUAAUAACAGUCAUUGAUAAAUGAAACAAAACAAAACAAAAAAAACAGAUCAUUUUGAAAGUCAGUUAAUAAGUUGGUAAAAAAUAUUUUUAUUGGAAAUGUGUCCCUAGUAUCCACAUGUUCCAGUAUUUUUCUACAUAUGCAACCCUACACCAUUUUCUUCUACUAGAACACCAUACAGUUUGCAUACUGAAAACAGUGCAUAGAAUUGACUUUACAUUUUUUCCCUAAGGAAAUAAAGUUUGCCUCUCUUGGAAGACAUGUCCUUAAAGCUCACAUAUGAGGCUUUAGCUAA